UUCACGUUUCCAGCCAAUCCCAGCAAAGCAACCUUGGCCUCGAUACGUACACCAAUAGGAUUCAGUCCCCCAGUUUCCAGAUGGCUACUGCUGUCUCAACUGUCGGUUCUGUUAACAGAGUCCUGUUGAGCUUGCAUGGAUCAAGCUCAGGAGCUUCAGCCCCGAGCUCUGCGUUCUUGGGGAACAGCUUGAAGAAGGGGAGCAGCGGUGUCAGCCACGGGAGAGUCUCCACUUGUACAUUCAAAGUCAUGGCUGCAGACCUCGAUGAAUCGAAGCAAACAAGCAAGGAUAGAUGGCGAGGGCUAGCUUAUGAUAUGUCAGAUGAUCAGCAAGAUAUCACCAGAGGAAAGGGAAUGGUUAAUCCCCUCUUUCAAGCUCCCAUGGGGGAUGGGACUCAUGAAGCUGUUUUGAGCUCUUAUGAAUACAUCAGCCAGGGCCUUCGCCAGUACAACUUUGACAACACCAUGGAUGGGUAUUACAUCGCUCCCGCUUUCAUGGAUAAGCUUGUUGUUCAUAUCACCAAGAACUUCAUGAACUUGCCUAACAUUAAGGUUCCCCUCAUUUUGGGUAUCUGGGGAGGGAAAGGUCAAGGGAAAUCAUUCCAAUGUGAAUUGGUCUUUGCAAAGAUGGGAAUCAACCCAAUCAUGAUGAGCGCUGGAGAACUUGAGAGCGGUAAUGCGGGAGAGCCUGCGAAACUGAUCAGGCAAAGAUACCGCGAGGCAGCAGACAUCAUCGCCAAAGGAAAGAUGUGCUGCCUCUUCAUCAACGAUCUCGAUGCAGGAGCUGGAAGAAUGGGUGGGACAACUCAAUACACUGUGAACAAUCAGAUGGUAAAUGCCACCCUCAUGAAUAUUGCUGACAACCCAACUAAUGUCCAGCUGCCUGGAAUGUACAACAAACAAGAAAAUGCCCGUGUUCCUAUCAUAGUAACAGGAAAUGACUUCUCAACUUUGUAUGCUCCUCUAAUUCGUGAUGGACGUAUGGAGAAAUUCUACUGGGCACCAACUAGAGAGGACUGUAUUGGUGUGUGCAUGGGUAUUUUCAAGAGCGAUAAUGUUCCUCAGGAGGCUAUCGUCCAGCUUGUUGAUGCAUUCCCAGGACAAUCCAUUGACUUCUUUGGUGCCUUAAGAGCUAGGGUCUACGACGACAAAGUGAGGAAGUGGAUCGCAGAGGUUGGAGUAGAGAAGGUAGGAAAGAAGCUCGUCAACUCACUCGAGGGACCUCCAACCUUUGAGCAGCCAAAGAUGACAUUGAGUAAGCUGAUGGAGUACGGAAACAUGCUGGUUCAAGAGCAGGAAAAUGUCAAGAGGGUGCAAUUGGCUGACACUUACUUGAGCGAGGCUGCUCUUGGUAAUGCCAAUGAAGACGCGAUGAAGGCCGGGACUUUCUAAUGACAGUCCCGAAAUAUUUUAAAUUCAUGUUUCAAGGUUGUUCAUUGUAUAAUUUGUAUUGCGAUUGAUGUCAAUCCUGAAGAGGGUCGAUUAAUUUAUUUAUGGAACUUCCUUGUUUCCCUU